AUGUUUUGUAAUACAAAUUGAAUAUUAUUUUAGAUUCUCUAAAUGCUUAUAUUGACGAGACAGAAUCCUAAUGCAUUGUCUUUGAUAUGAAGUAUAUGUUAGAUUUUGGUUUCUUCAAAAAAAGUCAGAUAUUAUUCAACUUCUUUAGGAUAAUUAUCACAGAUAUAUUUAGAUACAGUCAAUUGACUUUUCAAGUCCCUUAUAUGAUAUUCAGAAAGGGAGGUGUGAUUUCCUUUUAGAUAUAUUUAAGGAUAUAAAAAACUAAAUUUAUCUGUGAUAAAGUUAUUCAAAUAAUAAUUAUUAAAUUGAUAUAAUUGUAGUGAUGUAAUGGAAACUCUUUUAAAUUUUAGCUAUGAUUCUUUUCUUUAAUAUGCCAAUAAUUGCCAAUUAAUAUUGUUUGAGAAGAUAAGUUAAAAUAAAAUCAAUUAUAAGGGGUAAUUAUAAAAAUGUACUCCAUAUUCAAAAUGGAGCUUUAAUUUCAUCCAAAUCAUCAAAUAAAUUUUAUGGAGGAAAUAAUGGAAUCUGUCUUAAGGAUGCUGCUUAUAUAACCAGUAUAUACUAAUGGUGUUAAUAAGGAUAUUCAAUCGUAUUAGUGUUUUUAUAAAAGUAUGAAUUGAACACUUUAAAAAUUUGGUUUUGGGAUGGAGAUAAUCGAAUAUACAGAAUUAAAAUUUAUACAUAAUUAGAAAGCUAAGAAACCCAGAUUUAUGAUGGAUUUACAAAAAGCGUAUUUACAAUAUCAUUUCCUGAUCAGGUAGUAUCUGGAGUUAGGAUACUAAAUGUAGCUGGCAAUACUUAUAAUACUCACUUACAUCUAAUAAAGAUUGAGGCUUCAUAUAAAUUAUGA